AUGCGAAUACUACAUAUGUGGGAAAUGUUUAUCCGUAUACUAGCUGGCAACACUUCGCUAUAGCUAAGGACUGUUUAGGACUGUAAUUUGCCGUGACAGAACGUAGUUGUUGCUAUAUGAAUAGCUACAACACAAUGUGGAUCUAUUAAGUUACGAAAGUGAAAAACAAGGUUUAUUUAUUUAUUAGAACGACUGUAGUAAUAGCUCAAGCAAGAAAAUAAAAAAAAAGAGAUUCAGAGCUUUGUGCCAAGUUAAAAGUCAGACGGCCGGAGGCGUCAAAGGGCCUAGGCACCAGCUGAUUCUAACAAUACAUAUUCGAUUAAGGACUUUGCAGACUCUUUUCAAUAUUUUAUGUUUUUGUGAAAGGAUAGCACAACACAGGGAUGCAGCCAAUACAGUGUGCUGCAUUAGGAGAUAAAGCUGUGGGUAAAACAUGCUUGCUACUUAGAUACGCUUAUGAUGAUUUGCCAUCGGAGUAUGAUUCUACUGGAUUUGACUGUUACGAUGGAAUUGUGAAACAUAAUGAAGAGCUAUACCUCGUUAGCUUGCAUGACGUAACAGGUGAUGAAAAUUAUCAGACACUGCUACCUUGGACUUAUGCAGAAGUUGACGUAGUCCUCUUAUGUUUUUCUGUUGUAACACCAUCAUCCUUUCAAAACGUUAAACAAAAAUGGCUGCCACACAUACAGAAUAAUUGUCCAAAGACACCAUUCUUACUGGUUGGGACAAAAAUUGAUUUACGGAAUGACUCCAACAUGCUCGAGACGCUGGCGGAAAACAAUGAAAAGCCAAUCACAACAGAACAAGGCAAGGAACUUGCGCAAGAGAUUAAAGCUGUUAAAUACGUCGAAUGUAGUGCUGUGACGCGGGAAGGCCUGUGGAACGUUUUCAAUGAAGCAUUUCUAACAGCUCUAGGUUCACAAUAACAUGUGAAGAGGACAAAAUAUGACAUUCUGUAGCGGGCUAUUCGUCUUUUUAUCUUAUCUUAAAAUAAUUAGCUCGCUGCGUCCAAUUUUGCAAGUUUCCUUAUUCAAGUCAAAUAGUGAUAUGCAUAUUUAUAGGCGGCUAAAUGAGUAGUCGUAGACAUUCUACGGUCAAGUCAUUUACAAAAUUUCUCAUAUUAUCACUUUUUCACCUUUAUGUGGAAAACUAAUUUUGUAUUAGGUCCCUCCAUGGAGAUUUCUGGAACUACAACGGUUCUUAAUUAUCAGCGUGUGGCAGAAAUAUUAGAAUUUAACUAAAAAAUUUUUAGAAAAAUGCAUUUUCGCUACAAAUAAUUUUUCUAGUUUCAAUCUUCCAAUGGUGGCGUCUUUCUUUUUUUAUUAGAAACCGUAUACAGCUGUCGGGUUUCUCAAACCAUGGGCCACUACCACUGGAAGGUUAAGGAAUUCCGCCAGACGUUGUCCUUAAGAUACUGUUUUAGUUCCGAACAAUUCGAUUAGGCGGCGUAAAAUAUAUUUUGUAUGAAACCAGCGGUUCAAUUUUAGAUUCUUAAUCAAUUUUUAUAAAUUUCUUUUUUUAUAAAUGUUGCCGUUGGUGCAAUUAAAAAUUGUCGAAUCAUUGACUGUAGAAAAAUUCAAUGUUAUGUAUAACUUGAUGUACCUGGGAUCGUAUUCUUGAAUCUCGACAUAGAUGUGUCUAAUUGUGACACCUGCCAAUAUACAAACGUCGAGACGAUAGGGCAAAACGUGUAGCGCAUGAUGCCAGCAUAAAAAAUUAAAUGAACGCAACUCUCAAUAAGCGUUUACUCGCGAUAUUUACUUAUAUUUAUUUAUUACAAUGAUACUACCUUAUGACAAAUAACAUUAAAACAUUAUUGUCAUACAAAGUCAAUGCAAUGUCAUUAUUAGUUUGUAGAGAUGUGAAUAUUUCUUUACUAUUAAUUUAAUCAGAUGAAUUGAAUGUCCAUUAUCAAUUAUGAAAAUUUGGAUACCAGUAUCAAGAGUCCACCUGUUAUGACUCGAUAAUGAAAGAAUAAGAUCAUGCUUUUUGAGAUAGUCAAAAUAUAUUUUCAAAUAUAACUAAUAUCUCCUAAGGUGCAAAUAUAAGACCUCGCAAUUUUUAAGGUUUAUAUUUACUUAAGCUAGACCGUAAAGUUGCGCCAAUUUUUAGUGCAGGACGUAGGAUACCUAGUAAUGUAACUUAGUUAAUGCUCAGGGAAUAAUAAUAAUUUCAUUUGCAAUAA